AGUGACACAUUUAGGGCUGACACCUUGCUAUAUUAGCAGGCAUAGAAGGAGGGGACAGCUGACAGAGACUUGAAGUUUGUCUCUGUAGUGUUUGCCCUCUCUAUCCAGCUUCUGACCAGCAAUAACUAACCAUGGAUGAUAUUUACAAGGCAGCAGUUGAGCAGCUGACAGAAGAACAGAAAAACGAAUUCAAGGCUGCCUUUGACAUCUUCGUCCUGGGUGCUGAGGACGGAUGCAUCAGCACAAAGGAACUGGGGAAGGUGAUGAGAAUGCUGGGGCAGAAUCCAACCCCUGAGGAGCUGCAGGAGAUGAUAGAUGAGGUGGAUGAAGAUGGCAGCGGCACUGUAGACUUUGAUGAGUUCUUAGUUAUGAUGGUCCGAUGUAUGAAAGAUGACAGCAAAGGAAAAUCAGAAGAGGAACUCUCAGAUCUCUUCAGAAUGUUUGAUAAAAAUGCUGAUGGAUACAUUGACCUUGAUGAACUAAAGUGCAUGCUGCAGGCUACUGGAGAGAACAUCACCGAAGAUGACAUAGAGGAACUGAUGAAGGAUGGAGACAAAAACAAUGAUGGCAAGAUUGACUAUGAUGAAUUCCUGGAGUUCAUGAAGGGAGUUGAAUAAAUCUGAAACAAGACGUGCCGCCUCGACUUUUAAAGCCCUCUGAUUCCUCAUCUCGUCUAUGUGGUUGAGUCCCCUUGGCUGCUAGUAUGAAGACUAAGUGCUGAACAGGGUGGCCAUCAGGCGAAUACACUGUUUGUUAUUAAGUGCCUCAGAUGGUCAUUCCAUGGAUAUUUAAGUAAGAGACCUAAUAAUUAUCAAAGAUGUUGAUCCUUUGAGCGAUUGCAAAUGUGAGUGAGCCAAGUCUUGAGUCCCUUGACACACUCUGAAGCAGAUAACAUAGUGAACAUAUCAUUAAGUCUGUAAAGAAUUUUUUCCUAUAGUCUAGUAAGAACCUAUCAGCUGUAAAAAGCAAAACCAGUGACUGCCAGCAGACUGUGCCAGCAGGGCACAGAACUCACAUGUAACCCCUUUUUGAGAUGCUCAAUCCCUGCAUAUUUCUUACAGCUAGACAUUGAAUCAGGCAUUUGGAGCAAAUUCCUGUUCCUAUGAAGUUGUUAGGAAUUUGCCAUUGGAUUUGAUGCUACCAUGAUUUGGCCCCCCCCAGCGCUCGAUGGGUUGCAUCACAUCUCUUAGAACAUAUUAUAGUGAAACAGUUAGCAUUUGAACCUUCAGUUGAAUGAUGAUUUGAGACACUUAAACUGUCACUGAACAUUCUGACAAUCUCUACUCUUCCUCCACAUCCAACCAUUGAUUUUAAGUCCAAUGUACGGGCAAUGUGUACAGAAAUAAGAUUCCUUUUUGAAAUGCUAAUAAAAUAAUUCAUAAGCUAGAGUAGUUAUUUCAUUCCUGCUUGUUUCACAGAAGCAAUUUAUAGUUGCAGCUGUAAGACCAGCAAAAGGAAUUCCCAGAUGAAAGACACUCAGUGAAGUGUCAGGUCUGAAUAAAACCAC